AUGGAUUCACCUCAAACCCAAACCAACCGCAUCGCCAAUCGACUCGCCCUCUACCAACAUCAAAUCUCCCCGCAUUCCUCCCCCACCAAACCAAACCCAACCACCACACCCAAGUCCACCAUGGCCGCCCGCGACCCCAUCACCUGCCAUUGCCUAAACACCCUCACAGGCACCCCAGCCGCAAACCUCCCAGUGACCCUGACACUGCUUUCGGGCCCCGCCUCCGGUGCCACUUUCCACGCAACCACCAACCCGGACGGCCGUGUAGCGAACUGGAAGCCCGUUGCCGACGAGACGGUCCCGGCUAUCCUGGCGGGACUGGAGACUGCGGAGACCAAGACUAACUGGUCUGUGCGCUUUGAGGUCGGGCCCUGGUACGAGGCUCAGGGGAUCGAGAGCUUCUGGCCGGAGGUUGAGGUCAAGUUUACUGUUAAGGGACGUGGGAGGGAGGGAGAGGAGGGUUGGCGUCAUUAUCAUGUGCCUGUUUUGUUGGGACCUUGGAAUUAUUCUACCUACCGGGGUUCGUGA